GCAUCCUGCUGACGUUGCUCGUGGACUCUGCAUGGAUAAUGUUUUGAAAGCAGUUUGUUUGCUCUCAGCUGACAAGGACAGAGCCUGAGAUUACUGGAAUAACAUGGAAAACCGUGGAAUAUCAGUCAUUCUGUUCGACCUGGACAACACGCUUGUUGAUACAGCAGGAGCCGGUAAAGCGGCGAUUCACAAGGUCAGUGAACUGCUCAAGAACAAACUGGACCAUGCAAACAUCAGUGAUAUGUGUGAGCGGUUUGUCCGUAAACUUUUUGAGGAAACAUUUGACCCUUCAUCAGGCCAGACAAUAGACAGAGUUCGGAUAAAUCACUGGUACGAGGCCAUUCAGGAAGCAGAAGUUGUGGAUCCUGGCCAAAGUCUGGCCUCAGACUGCUACUACACAUGGAAGACCACACGUCUCCAAGCUCUAGCUUUAUCUCCUGAAGUGCUGGCCUUGCUGGAGGAUCUCAGGUGCUCCUACAAGCUGCUGCUGCUGACCAAUGGUGACUCUCAGACCCAGAGGGAGAAGAUAGAGGCACUGAGGUGUGAGGGACUGUUCAGUGCUGUUGUGGUGGGAGGAGAGCAUGAUGAGCAGAAGCCAGCAGCCCCCAUUUUCACACACUGCUUUGAGCUGCUUGGGGUUAAGCCAGAGGACUGUAUCAUGGUGGGAGACUCUCUAGAUACAGAUAUCCAGGGUGGAUAUAAUGCAGGGGUUCGAGCUACAGUGUGGAUAAACAAGAGAGGAGGAUUCCCUUCAGAUAACACAGUGACUCCAGAUUACACCAUCUCAUCAGUGCUAGACUUGCCGAAAGUUUUGGAUAAUCUGAGAUAAUAUAUUUAAGAUUAUGAGCAUGACCCAUGUUUUAGUAAAAUAAAUA